AUGAAUGGUUUCUCAAUGACAACAAAUACAAUUCCUAUAAAAUUACCACAUAUUUCAGCAUCAAAACGUGGCCGUCAAACAAAUCAAUUACAAUUUAUGUCAAAAGUUUUAUUUAAAACUUUAUGGAAACAUGAAUUUUCUUGGCCAUUUCAAAAACCAGUUAAUGCUGCUAAACUUCAUCUACCUGAUUAUCAUAAAAUUGUUAAAUAUCCAAUAGAUCUUGGUACAAUAAAAAAACGUCUCGAAUCAAAUUAUUAUUAUAGUGCUAAAGAAUGUAUAUCUGAUAUAAAUAUGAUGUUUACUGAUUGUUAUUUAUAUAAUAAACCAGGCGAAGAUGUUGUCAUUAUGGGUGCAACACUUGAAAAAGUUUUUUAUGAAAAAUUAGCUGAAAUGCCGUCAGAUGAAAUUGAAAUUGUACCCCAUACAUCAAAAACAACAGCUUCAAAAGGUCUUACACAAGGAAAUUUAUCAGUACCAGUUAUUUCACCAUCAACACCAAGUGAAAAUUUAAAUUCUCCAUUAGCAUCUCCAUCAACUCCAUCAAUGGCAACACGUGCUACAACAGUCAAUAGUUCAUUUCCAAGUAGUACAAAUGUUUUAUCACGACAUCGUUCAUCAUCAGCAACAAAUCCAAGUGGUAUAACAUCACCAUUUUCACCAUUAAAUACAAAUUCAAAUCAUAUUGAUCAUAAUAUACAAUCGAUGUCACCACCAUCAUCAUCACAAUCAAUGCCAAAUACAACAGCGAUACGUCCAACAAAUCCAUUAAUAACAACAACACCAACUAAAAAUACAAAUGAAACAAAUCUAGAUACAUCAACAUCAGGUGCAGCAAAACGAAAAGGUGAUAUGACUGAUGAUACAAAUAAUAAUGAUCAAACUAAAAUGACUGCUCGACGUGAUAGUGCAACAAGACGUACAAAUAGUGUUAGUGGACCAAUUAAAAGAACGAAAUAUGAUAGUAGUUUUCCUAUGGAAACAAAUGAUCCACAAAUUAAACGAUCAAAAAAUCGUAUGACGGAACAGUUAAAAUAUUGUGUCAGUAUUAUUAAAGAUUUAUUACAUAAAAAGAAUAUGCCAUUUGUUUGGCCAUUUGCUAAACCUGUUGAUGUUGAAAAUCUUAAUCUACCAGAUUAUUAUCAAAUUAUUAAAAAACCAAUGGAUCUUGGAACAGUGAAAAAAAAACUUGACAAUCGUGAAUAUACAUCACCAGAAGAAUUUGCUACUGAUGUUAGACUUAUAUUUAGCAAUUGUUAUUUGUAUAAUGGACCUAAUACAGAUGUUGUAGCAAUGUGCAAAAAAGUUGAGCAAAUGUUUGAGAAUAAAUAUGCUAAAUUACCCGAUGAACCACCAAUGCCAACCAAUAUUGAAAUCGAUCCAUCAUCAUCAUCAGUUAAUACUGUACGUAAUAAUGGUCCAAUACCAUCAUCAUCAUCAUCAUCAUCAUCACGAAAACAUAGUCGUAAUCUAUCAAAAAAUCAUAGUAAUAUGAGUAAUAUUGUACCACAAACAUCAAUGAUAACAAGUUCUGAUGAUGGUGGAACAACUGAUGAAAGUUCAGGUGAUGAAAUGCAAACGAAUGAUGAAAAUACAUUAAGACAAUUACGUAUUCUUCAAGAACAAUUAAAAUUAUUUGGUGAUACAAUAAAUCAAUUAAUUCAACGAGAAAAUGAUCGUCUUACAAUACAUCGUAAACGUAAAACAAAAGUUAAACGUAAUAAAACAAAAGUUCGAACACCUCGACAAACAUCUACAUUAUUAAAUUCUACAACAACACCAAUAUUAUCAAAUACACUUAAUGAUCAAACUCGUUUUAUAUCAUCAACAGCAUUAAAUCCAGCUUUAUUACCACCAAAUCCACUUCCUAAUACACAAUCAACAAUGUUACCAACAGCUACACGUAAUUCUGCUGUACCAGUGGCUAACAAGAAAAAAGAAAAUGCUUCUAUUGCAGGAUUACUUACACCAACAUCAUCAACACAAUAUUCAACAGGUAAUAAUUUACCUGCACCGAAUGGUACAAGUCAAUUUAGUAAUAUCCAUCCGGGUCAAUAUCAUAUUACUGAUACAAAUGUUGUUAAACCAACACAAGCAACAAAGAAUGUUACACCUAUGACCGGUAUUAGUGCAGGUCUAGCUAGUCGUGGUACUGGUAAAGGUGGUCGUACUGUUGGUACACCUGGUACUGGACAAAAACGAGCAGCAAAGAAAACUAAUGCAACAGCAAUGCAAUCAAAUACGAAUGUUCAACCAACAAUGUCAACAUUUGAUAUUGAAAAUGAAGAAAAUCCUAAACCGAUGACUUAUGAAGAAAAACGUCAAUUAAGUCUUGAUAUUAAUAAUUUACCAAGUGAAAAACUUGGUCCUGUUGUUGAGAUUAUACAUCGUCGAGAACCAUCUUUACGUGAUUCAAGUCCCGAUGAGAUGGAAAUUGAUUUUGAAAUGCUCAAACCAUCAACUUUACGUGAAUUAGAAGCUUAUGUUAAUCAAGUUAUUAAACGAAAACCACGUAAACAACCUAAUACAUCUGAAAAAACAACUUCAAAAACGGCAGCAUCAGCAGCUAAUGCUGAAAAACGUAGUCUUGUCAAAGCUCAAAAUGCACAGAAAAAAGAAGAAAUACAAAAACGACUCGAAAAAGUACAAACACAACUAGGUACUAAAACUAAACAAACAUCUGGUAGUUCAUUAACAAAACGAGAUUCGUCAAAUUUUAAUUCAAUCGGUGCUACAACUGGUCUUAUAAAUGCUCCUUCAAAUCAUCCAUUAUCAUCUGCAGCUGCACCAAUAUCAUCAAAACGUUUAAGUGAAAGUUCACAAUCAGAAACCGAUUCUGAUUCAUCACGCAAUGGAGACGACUCUGACUCCGAGUCAGGCACCGACGAUAUCAAAUCAGCUGCUAAUGGUGCUGCUGUAUCAACAAGAACGAAAGAUCAGACAACUACAAAUAUUGAUACCAAUAUUGAUAAUCUCACAAAGAGAAAAGGUGAAUAUAAAUUUAAAAAUGAUAUAGGUAGAACUGUAGUUGAUAGUAGCAAUACCGUGAAUGAUUCAACUGAACGACGUGCAAAUUUUCAUUUGGGUGGAAAUGAUGAUGAUCUAUCAAAUGAAUCAGUACCAAGAACUUCUCCAGCCACAAAACAAUCUGGUGAUGAUGAAUCAUUGAAACGAGAUUCAAAUCUCUCAAGAUUAACUAAUACUAGUUCCUUAAGAAAAGAUAAUCUUUUAUCAAUAGCUGCAAAAGCUGUUAGUACAACAUCAUCAUCAUCAACAGUCAAACCUGAUGAUAAAGUAGCACAAGAUCGUUUUAUGCAAUAUCAAAAACAAGCUAAACUUAAAGCUGAACAAGAAAAAUUGUACAAAGAACAAGAAGCGAAAAAACGUGAGGAUGAAGCGAAACAAGCACGUUUAUUAUCUCGAAAAGAAACAAAUGGUAAUCAUAUUCAUGACACAACAUUUCGUAAUUCAACAAAACAAACUCCAACAGCAACAUUAUCUGAUGCAUCUCCAUCACCUCCAUCUAUGCUUCAAAAUUCAACAUCAUUAAAUACCCAACAAGAAAUGCAUAUUGAUGAUGAACAACGACAAAAACGUGAGAUUGAAAAACGACGUGAAGAAGAUCGUAAACGUCGAGAAUGUCAAGCACUCAAUCAAACAUUAUCAUUUCAUCGUCAUACUGAUGUUGAUUUUUCAUUUAUGAACUGA